UCAAUCAUUGAUAGGUCACCUCUGUAAAAGUACUGUUUUAUUUAUUGUUUUUUCAAGAAUGUGGAAACUUUUGGCCCUGUUGGUGCAUAUAUUGCUGCUCGGAUUUUUGACUCUGAUUUAUUACAAAACAUCGAUAAUCAAUGGCAUGCGACCGCAGGCUGGGCAUCGUGAGUUGGGCUUGGAGCCGCCAGCAGAUCGUCUGGUUGUAUUCCUUGUCGAUGGAUUGCGUGCCGAAUCAUUGUUCCGGAACAAUUUAAGUGCCGUGCCGCAGCUGAAGAAUAUGUUUUUGGAGCGGGGCCUGAUGGGAAUAUCGCGUGGCAGUGCUCCAACCGAGACGCGUCCAGGCCAUAUUGCCAUCUUCGGUGGCUUCGACGAGGAUGCUGCCUCGGCCAUGACGAACUUUAAAAGCAAUCCCACGGUCUUCGAUACGGUGCUUAAUCGCACGGCGGGCGCCACGUGGGCCUGGGGCGCCAAAUCUGUGCUGCAGUUUUUUAAGCUUUUACCCGACGGUGGAGUGCCAAUAAAUUUAGAUAUGCACACCCCAUUAGAUUUUACAGAAAGCUAUCAACGUCAUCAGUGGAUCUACGAUAAGGUGCGUAAAUUGCUAGAUAACCUGGACUCUGAGGCUGCUGGAAAUAAGUUGCCUGCGGUUUUCCUUGUGGACUUUGAGAAUGUUCAUAGCGUUGGCAAUGAGUCAAAGAUAAAUAGCAAGGAGUUUUUAAAGGCUAUCGACAAUGCAGAGACCGUUGCUAAGCUAUACGAUUUAUUUGAGCACAUCUUUGAGGACAGCCGUACGGUAUACCUUCUGACAUCCGAUCAUGGCAUGACCGACAAAGGUACUCACAGCGGCGACAGUCAGUUUGAUAUAGAGACGCCCUUCGUCUUUUGGGGCGCUGGCAUCAAACGUGUGGAGUCUCCCAUUAGAGGAGUUCAGUCGAUCAACAGCGAUGCCUUUCCGAUGCAAUUGCAGAAAGUGCAGCAAACACAGCUGGCGCCGUUGAUGUCCGCCCUGAUUGGAUUACCGCCGCCGAUGAAUAAUCGUGCCAUGUUGCCGCUGGGCCUGAUGAAUGUGAGCGUAAAGUACGAGGCGUAUUCAAUGCAUCUGAAUACAAUGCAAGUGCUGGCGCAGGCGGAGCGGGUGCUCGAACUGAAGCAGCGUAGUCAGAUCUACAACUGGUUGCCUAGAUUUGAGCGCCUCGAUCGACGACGCAUACAACAAUAUAAGGAGCAAUUCCACAGGCAGAUGCAAUUGGGCUGCGGCAAUGAUGCGAUGUUAUGCAGCCAGGAAAUGAUACAUUUGGCAUUGGAAUGCAUUGAAUAUCAUAGGGUAUACUAUCGCAUACCCGUGGUGGUGGCUUGCCUGGCAACCUAUCUGGGCUGGUUCUACUAUUUGCUGGCCAAGCAGACUCGCUCCAUGAGUGCGCCCAAACAGCAUUGGCUUAAUGCAACCAAUAUAAUGCUUCUGCUGCUGGAGAUUGUGGUGUUGCUCGCCUGCUACUUGGAUCGGGUGCCCUGCUGCAUCAGCUUCUAUUUGCUGGUGCCGCUGCCUGUUUGGAUGUUUGCGUUGCAGGAGCGUGGCAUGAACAGCGGCUGCGUGCGUGCGCCGAUCAUUCAGCUGGCUUGGAUUGGCGGCACUGUGGUGCUGCUGAUUGCUACUUAUUUCUUUAAGCAGCUCAUCUCGCUGGGCUUUUUGAUUGUGGUCUGUGCGAACAACGGACGCGCCUUUACCCGUGCGCCCAGGCUACGCUUUUGGUUGUGGCUGGCGCUGGUCGCCCUGUUGACUGGGUUUACGGUGAAGCGUCCCGAUUUUGGACACAACAGUCCGUAUUUACUGUGCCUGAGCAUGCUGGUGACAAUGCUGCGACCACUGUUGCUGAGCGAGCGGCACGCGUGUCGCGUUUGGCUGAUUAAUGGCGCGGCCUUGCUGCUGGGCGCUUACCUGGUGCAUCAGCGCCUCUGCAAAAAGGAGCUCGCUCCAGUGCUGCAGGGCACUGCCUGGGGCUAUGUAUUCUAUGCCCUAAUCUCUAUACCCUAUAGUGAUACGAAGACGCCACGGCAUCGUGUGCAGCUGAUACUCUUUAAUUUGAGCACAAUAUACACAUUGAUGAGCCUCUCGUACGAGUCCAUGUUCAUGCAAUUGCUGUGCACAGAGUUCUUGCUGGGUGUGCAAGUGCACGAGGAUUAUAAGCAAUCGGCGGUUGAGGACAGCGAAGAUGACGAUGAGCAGACACCGGACAAAUCGUUGACGCCCGAGGGACACAUAAACAGAAGCUACCGCUAUGCUGUGCUUAUUCUGAUAUAUGCCUAUUUCUCUAUGAUAGGCACUGGAGUUCUGCCGAAUAUAAAUUCGCUUGAUGCGAGCGUUGCGCGCAUCUUUGUCAGCGAGUGCUCCAUAAUUUUAAUUGGCUUCAUCUACGUUCUGAAGCUAAUGAUACCCAUUAUUAUCAUCAUGUCCAGCAUGUAUGCCUUUUGCGCUCAUGCCCGUCAGAAUCUCUGUGGCAUAUUUAUCUGUAUCUUCCUCAUCUGUGAUGUCUUGUGUCUAUACUUCUUCUUCUUUGUCCGUAACAGUGGCUCCUGGCGCAACGUACGCGAGUCCCUCUCCCAGCAGUUAAUUGUGCAUGGCCUGCCCAUGCUGUUGGCAAUAUUCUCAUGGCUACCCAAGCAACUGCUGAGCGCCAUACCAUUAACGAUGCUGCCCAUGCUGCGCUGGAAAAGCGCUAUACAUUUGGAACAGCCAGGUCAAAGCCAGGCAUAAAAAUCGGUUUCAUCCCUCAAUUUGAAUGUUUUGAAAAUUUAAGUAUUUAUGUAUUGUGAAAAAUUUGCCAUCGGUUCAAUAAUCAUU